GGUGAACUGAAGAGAAGCAGACAUGAACACAGGUGGAUUAUACUCUUCUCCUUUUUUUAUUUGCUGCUUCUGAAUAAUCAAGCAGAAGCCCGCAGCAUGACCCCUACGCCACCAGUGGGCAAACGGCGCUUUCUCAUUGAAAGAAUCGUACAGGUAUUUGGCUGUUACCCGAGGUCAGAGAGGUUGACUAUUGUAAACGUUUUUGUGAAAGUGAAGUUCUUAUUUCUUUUCAUGCAGCACCAAGAUCCGGCCCAGAAAACUAUUAAGCGACCUACCUAUGGAUUGUCCAUGCACGUCGGGAGAGAAGUUCGUCAAAAAGAGGUCAGUUGGUGUUUUAAUUAUGAUGACAUUUGAAAACCAUGAGCGAGCUUACUUAGCAGUAAACGGGAAGCAUUCUUCUGAUUAAAUCAAGUAAAAUUUAUAACUUAAAUUGUAUUGUUCCGAGGAAAACAUUCCAAAAGUCAGCUUUAUUCGUCUUGCAAUCUAAAAACCGUCAGUGUGUUAUGCUACGCUCGACUAAAAGAUGCAACGUGAUCAAAAAUUGGUAAUUGCAGAGCGGGGAAACGACUUGAUCCAUUGUAAGGUUUAUUUCUGGUGAUCAGUUGAUUUGUCACUGACGAGCUAUUACUGUUUUUGUCUCUUUUGAUAGAGAGAAGACCCGGAUCUGGAGGCUAACGAGCGAAUGUACUGAGAUGAAACGUCCACUCGCUUGGCUUGUAGAUAAACUAUGAAAAGGCGCCAUUACAUUGCAACGCGAGUCCAGAAGUAGUACCGACUAUUAAUUUAUUCCUUUUUAGAGAUUGUAAGACUAAAGUAGAAUAUUCUGAAAUAAAACGAUUUGAAACCAGU